AUGGAGGAGCCAGGCCGAGAUUUUUUUCAGCUUCCAUUCGUUAAUUUGAGGGUGGAUGAAGGUGGAGGGCCCAAAGGAUUUUCAACAGGAGUAAAAUUUUUAUUGAUGGACGAAGAGCUGAAAGAAAUACAGGGACUUUUGGAAGAUGCAGAUCAUGUUGCAGCGACUUCCCUCAAAAAGUAUGUUAAAAUUGUUCUUCCACAUGUUGUUCUUGUCGCUGUUGUGUGCCUGUAUGCCGUUGCUGGUGCAUGGAUUUUCUACAGUCUUGAAUCGCCGCAUGAAGAUAAGCUGAAAAAAAUUGGAGUGCAAAGUAUCAAGGAGCUGCGAAAAGAAUUGGUCCAGGUGCUGUGGUCAAAGCGUGAUCAGAUGAAGACAGCAGGGAUGCACAGCUGGACACGGCUGACCGAUACAAAACUCCAAAAAUUCAAUGAAUAUUUAUCCGGUCGCGAUCAGUACGAAGUGAAAAGCUCUGGACUACGAGUAGUGCAAUAUUUUUUGCAGCAACAACUAUGGCUACUAUAG